AUGGCAAUAGAGCAGCUUUUCACAAAAGGAGCGGCCGAAUUAAAAGAAAAGGAUUAUUUAAGUGCCAUUGCGACUUAUACGACUGCUUUAAAGGAACACCCAAAAUCGAUCCUAGCGUUUUUGAAAAGAUCAACUGCGUAUCAGAAGUUGAAUAAUUACGAGAAUGCAAAGAGAGAUGUAUCUAACGCAUUUGAUAUUGCAGAACAGAAAGGCAAACGGUCAGACCUUGGAGCCUGUUACUUCAGAUUGGGUCUAAUUUACUAUGCGGAAAAGGAUUACAAAGUAGCAUUGAAGAAUUUUGAGAAAUCGGUGGAAUUUGACUGUCCUGAAGCAACAGUCGAGUCAUGGAGAAAUAAGUGUGAAUAUGAUUUAAAGAAGAACCCUCCAGCUGAGGAUUCGGGAAACGAGGAAGGUGAAGCUAUUCUAAAUAUCGAAUCGGGUAAGGAUAAAGCUAAAGAUAUCCAAGGCAAGCCAUCCACCAACAUUGAUGUGAUAAAUAGUCAAGCCCCAUUAAAAGUCAAGAUCAGGGACGAUUGGUACCAAACAAACGAUUCGGUUAUCAUAACCAUAUACGCCAAAAACAUCAAAGAGCAAGAAUUACAGGUUAACUUCAAGCCAAAUCUGGUAAACGUUUCGUUUCCAAGCUCUGCCACGUCCGAAUAUAACUAUAAUCUUGAGCCACUCUUUGCCGUAAUCGAAUCAGAAAAAUCAACUUUUCGAAUCUAUUCUACUAAAUUAGAAAUCACCUUGAAGAAGAAAGAGUCUCGCAAGUGGCCCAGCUUGGAGGCAUCCGAGAAUAUCGAAGAGAUAAAGACCUCGAAUUCUACUGAAGAAAGUCCUACCAAGAAUUCAGGGUUGGCAUAUCCGACUUCUUCAAAAAAAUCUAUCAACUGGUCCGCAUUCAAAAUUAACGACGACGAAGACAACGAAAAAUCAGAAAACGAAUUUUUUGCCCAAUUAUACAAAGAUACAGACGAUGAUACCAGAAGAGCAAUGAUGAAAUCUUAUGUCGAGUCCAAUGGUACAGUUUUGACCACUAAUUGGGAAGAAGCACAAAAUAAAAAAUAUGAAACCAGUCCGCCUGAAGGUAUGGUUGAAAAGAAAUGGAAUGACAAAGGUUGA